AAUAUCCAGUUAUGGAUAAAAAUGAGCUGGUGCAGAAGGCCAAGCUGGCCGAGCAGGCUGAGCGAUACGAUGACAUGGCAGCCUGCAUGAAGUCCGUGACUGAGCAGGGAGCCGAGUUAUCCAACGAGGAGAGGAAUCUCCUCUCUGUCGCUUACAAAAAUGUUGUAGGAGCCCGCAGGUCAUCUUGGAGGGUUGUCUCGAGUAUUGAGCAGAAGACGGAAGGUGCUGAGAAAAAGCAGCAGAUGGCCCGGGAGUACAGAGAGAAGAUCGAGACCGAGCUGAGGGACAUCUGCAAUGAUGUGCUGUCUCUUUUGGAAAAGUUCUUGAUCCCCAAUGCUUCGCAAGCAGAAAGCAAAGUCUUCUAUUUGAAGAUGAAGGGCGACUACUACCGUUACCUGGCUGAGGUUGCUGCUGGCGAUGACAAGAAAGGAAUUGUGGACCAGUCACAGCAAGCAUACCAAGAAGCGUUUGAAAUCAGCAAAAAGGAAAUGCAGCCAACACACCCUAUCAGACUGGGUCUGGCCCUUAACUUCUCUGUCUUCUAUUAUGAGAUCCUGAACUCCCCAGAGAAAGCCUGCUCACUCGCAAAAACAGCUUUUGAUGAAGCCAUUGCUGAACUUGAUACAUUAAGUGAAGAGUCCUACAAAGACAGCACGCUAAUAAUGCAGUUACUGAGAGACAACUUGACAUUGUGGACAUCGGACACCCAAGGAGACGAAGCAGAAGCAGGAGAAGGAGGGGAAAAUUAACCGGCCUUCCACCCUCUGUCUGCCUCGUUCUGAAAUUUACACAGUAGACCGUUUGUCACCCAUGCUGUCCCACAGAUAGUUUUUUGUUUACGAUUUACGACAGGUUUAUGUUACUUCUAUUUGAAUUUCUAUAUUUCCCAUGUGGUUUUUAUGUUUUAAUAUUAGGGGAGUAGAGCCAGUUAGCUUUAGGGAGUUACUCGUUUUCAUCCUGAGGUGGCCAAUGUGGGGCUGUGGACUUUUUACACGAGUUACACGUGUCUGGCAUAGUACUUCUGGUACAUUGUGGCUUCAGAAGGGCCAGUGUUAAAACUGCCUCCAUGUCUAAGUAAAGAAAACUGCCUACAUACUGGUUCGUUCUGGUGGGGAAUAGAAGGGGUAAUGGGUUCCAGUCCUGAGUGUAGUUGUUGUGGGUACUUUAAGGUUUAGAGCACUUGUGAGGCUGUGGUACAAACAAAUAUCCCUUGGACACACCUUGGGAUCGUGUGUCUCAGCACGCGCACUCUUGACCACAGCUCCGGAAGUGGCUCCCAGACAACAGUGUGACCCAGCGUACUCUGAUAAGGGCAGAAACGGUUCACAUUCCAUUAUUUGUAAAGUUACCUGCUGUUUGCUUUCAUUAUUUUUGCUACACAUUUCCUUUGUAUUUAAAUGUUUAGGCAAUCUCAGAACAAAUGUAACAGUGAAGCUGCAGUAAUGAAUUGCUCGUGUUGGCUGCUCCGUGCCCAAGAAGCACAGUGGUAGACAGAUCCCAUGUAUUUAACUUUUUUUUAGUUUUUUGUUUUGUUUUUUGCUUUUGUGAUUUUUUUUUCUUUUUUUGAUACUUGCCUAACAUGCAUGUGCUGUAAAAAUAGUUAGCAGGGAAGUGACUUGAUGACGGCUUUGUUUUCAUGUCUUAGGAGAUUCUCAUGAACAAUCCAAGCAUAAUUGUUAAGAACACAUGUAUUAAAGUUCAUGUAAGUGGAAUAAAAGUUUUAUGAAUGGAUUUUUCAACUACUUUUCUCUACAGCUUUUCAUGUAAAUUAGUCUUGGUUUUGAGACUUCUCUAAAGGAAAUUGUCUCCUUGUUCCCUCUUGGCAGCUAAUGGGCUUUAACCAAUUUUGAGUACAAAAUUUAGCAACAACCACAGAAACGCUACUGUAACUACCUUUCUCAACCAUGUUCCCGUUCUCUUCCCCCUUCUUACUCCCUUUCAAAAUUGAAGUGGACCUUUUAUUUUUCUGGGUGCGGGGUGGGGGGGAGAUUGAUUGGCAAAGGUAAUGUGUUCCAUUUGAAACUUUGGUCUACGGCGUUUUCUAAUUUAAGAAGCCACAAUGUUCUUGGCCCAUUGUGACACUGGGCAGCAUUAACUGUUAAGUUCUGUGCUUCCAAAUCGCUGUUGGUUUUAAGAAUUUCUUGAUGCUCUUGCAGCCUGCCUCUGGUGUCCAGCCCUUCAUUUCUACUGUCAGGUGCACAGGAUCACUUUUGAUGGCCGUCUUGGCACCCACCAUUCCGACUUGUUGGCCGUGUAUUUGGGGAAAGGCCGCAUGAUCUCUCUGGCUCCACUCAGUGUCUAAGAUACCCCGCUUCCUCUGCUUGCAUCCCACAGCCUCCCCUCAUCUUCUUCCUACAGCCCAGCUCUCCUUGGUUGAGCUUGUGUUUAUCUUCCUGGAAACUCCACCCUGAAUGGUCUGUCCCGUCUCCCUUUAAAGCCCUCCCUCUUCCUCUCCUCCAGUAAUGAUGGGGCUAAGUCACACCCAAAGCUCACACCUACCGAGUAUUUUCCUCACUACUUUACAGAAAACACCAAACAAAAAUGCCAUUUUAAAAGAGGUGUAUUUUUUUUUCUUUUAGAAUGUAAGCUCCUCAAGAGCAGGGACAAUGUUUUCUGUAUGUUCUAUUGUGCCUAGUACACUGUAAAUGCUCAAUAAAUAUUGAUGAUGGGAGGCAGUGAGUCUCGAUGAUGAGGGUGAGAAAAAUCCCAAGCACUGUUCUAUGGCUUAUUUCAUCUGAUCUGGUUACAUUUGGAAAUACCAACCCUUUUGGACAAAUUAUCCCAAAUACUGCAUUUGAAUGAAAGUGCAGUGGGGGUGUGGGGGGGUUCUCAAGAGAAACAAACCACAUGCAUUGUGGUCCCAGAUGCAUCUUCAGCCACAACCCAUUGACUUUGAGUUUGCCUUUGCUCCCAGCCCAAGGAGAAUUAAGCUAUGGACAGCAGGAUGUCAUCUCAUUCCAGUAAAUUACAAAUGACCCCGAAACCUGUCACAUUUGCCUAUUGGCUCUCGUAUGCAUUAGACAUUGCUAAACUAGUUUGAUUCUGAAAUUGUGAUACUUAACCUGCUACUAGUUAUUGAUGUUUUUUAUGAAUAGUGCCCAAUAGAUGAAGAAAGAUUUGCAACCUCAAAUUUUCCACCCCUUGGAAUUUGAAUAAUAAAUUUGUUUUUAACUUA